CUGAUAGUCCUUGCUGACGGCGAGACUUCAACAAUCGUGUCUCCCACUGAAAGCGCGAGCUCAAACUCGACACAAUCUUCGACUUCUUCCUCCGGGGUGUCGACAGGUGCCAUCGCCGGCGCCUCAGUAGGAUGUCUCAUUGCCGGUCUCGCCAUAGGCGCCCUCAUCGCCUUCUUCUUCCUCCGACGCAAGAACAACAAGAACCGCAGAUACUCGCCCGCGAGCUCUGACACCGGCCACAUCGCCGUCGGCCCCGAGCCCAAAGCGUUCUCCUCUUCGGCCCCGGUACCGGUCAGUCAUGGGAGCAGCGGCAUCCAGAUGAGCCAGUUCCUCCUCGACGCGACCCCGGACAAGGAGAUCGCCAGCGAACUCCAGGCUCGCGGGGAGCUCAUCCAGCAACACGUCGAGAACAACUACCACAUGCGGCCGGUGCAAGCGAGCCCUCAGUCGCUCGCCCCCAGCCUUUCCAACUUGGGGAUUGGCGAGCUCUCGGGGCUCAGCACGGAGGAGAUCGCCGCGCUCUGUAUCGAUCCCAAGACGCGGCAGGCAGGUCUCCAGCAUGUCAUCUCGCUCGCGAUAUUCGGUAGCAUCGACUUCAACGCGCGAGGUCGCUACUCCAUGCUCCCGGCGCCAAUCUCUUCGUUCUUACAAUCAGUCCCCCCAGUCGAGUCUCGCGGGGGUGAUAAAGAGGCAACCUCACUCGCACUCUCUCAAUGGCGCAGCCUGUCAGCCUUUCUGUUACACCCGAGCCGAAGCCAGAGAAUGCCCCUCUCCCCGAAUGAAUCAGAAGUCACUCCCAAGGCGCAGAGCCUCGCCACCGCGCUCAACACGUACCUUCACCACUUUGUCCCGGCGGAUCAGGGGAGCCAGCGUCAGCAGCUGGACCACCUGCAGGCCGUCAUCCUCGAAUGCGCAAGGCUCGGCUACGAGGUCCUGUCUCAGCCUGGCGAUUGGCGCUUCACCUACAGGACAGAUGGUACAGCGGCGGGCGUGGUGGUCUGCCCCGGUUUGCGCAAGGUGGUCAUGGAUCCCAUCACCGGUUCCGUAUCGGCACUCCACGCAACAUACCAACUCAUCCUCUUCAGCGUCGACGUCGACCAAGUCCCGUCCCAAGUACGGCGCAGUCUCGAGUUGGUCCAGACGUGUCACCGGGACCUACAGCACCUCAUCGAGAUCCGCAACGAGUGCCUCCCUCUCCUCGACAAGACGCCCAUUGUCCUGAACCGCGUCAACGAGAUCAUCGCCGCCGCGAACCAGGGCCUCCUCGAAGUCUGUCAGAUCGUCGAGAAAUGCCGCCCCGACGCCAAUAACGGCAGGGUGCCGUUCAAGAACCGAGUCGCAUGGGUCAUGUUCGAUUCGAGGGAGUUCAGGGCGCAGGAGCCCGUCAUCAGUCGCCAUCACGCCGCCGUGCUGUCGGAGCUGAAUUUUUUGAGGCAGACGGCGCUUCUUGCUCCCCAUCUUCUACAGUUUCAACAGCCGCAGGUCGUGGUGACUAGCCAAAUCAAGAAACAGACUGAGAUUUUCGACAAUGUUGCUCUUUUGGGUGGCCUGAUGGACACCUUCGGUUGUGCGGAAACUGACAUGCGUCUCAGGGACAACUCCAUACCAUACGUCUUCCAGCUCGACCGAGGCAGCUGCUCGAACACCUCCAACGUCAACCGAGCCGAAGUCAAUUGGGCCUUUUCCUCAACACCAUCUACAGCAUCCACCUCGGUAUCCUACAUACCCGCCGGCCUCGAAUCCAUCCAAGCACCAUACCACAGACUACGAAUCGUUCUGUGA